AAUAUCAGUAAAUUUAUUCAUUUUUUAAAUUCGUAUCUCCAUGUGAGAGGCCAAACAAUCCUCUCUUACUUAAAUUUCUUUUGUUUAUAUUGAUUUUACAAGACGAAAUGCUGCUUUUGUUCAAAAGCACUUAUCUGGAUUGAUUUCAAUAAUAAAAUAAAAUAAUAUUGUAAAAUAUUAAACGUAAGUCCACGUGACAUUCGAGUUUCUUUUGACAAGGGAACAAUACAAAAAUCCCUUUGUCCCAACUGUUCUUUUUUACCUUGUAUUUAUAUACAUAUAAGUAUUAUUGUAUUUUUUCGAAGAGAAAAUAAAAGAAAAAAAUUAAUACAGAAAAUUGACAAACAGAUCUCUGUCACUUUUGCUGUCACUCAGCAUUAGUUGACCGGCGAGUUUUUCGCGCCAAUUUUGCAUCCCCUUUGCGUUUCUUCGAUAUUUAUAACAUACAGGUGUCAACAACGGACGGAUAACUUAAUUAAAAAUGAAGUUCAGAUGCAGAAUGGUGGACGCUGGUGCCAUGCGAGAUUUUACGAGUAUCAUCAACACCAUAUCCCGAAUGGCCAAGUACUGCGUGCUGCGACUGACACCGGACGAAUUGUGCUUCAAUGUUGGUGACGAGCGUAUACCUGUGCUGUGGGCGGUACUCUCGCAGCAGCAUUUCUUCGCCGAGUACGUUAUGAGCGGCGUGUCUGAUCAGGAGAACGAGAUCUACUUGGAGUUCGACCCUUCCAUGUUUGCCAGAAGCCUGAACAGCCUAAGGAUAACGACCAGUGCGAGGAGCGCAAAGAUUAAAUUGACAAACAAGCGACAGCCCUGCCUAACGUUCGACAUCGACCUGUCCUCCAUGUCCGUCGACUCGCGACAGUGCGUACACGAUGUGCCUGUGAAACUCAUACCCCGCAGAGAAUGGUCGGAGCACAAAAUGCCAGAUAUUACUGAAUUUGAUAUAUCACUGGAAAUCCCGCAGCUGAAGUAUCUACGGCACAUCGUGGACAGAAUGAAGAACAUGAGUUCCCAAUUGACGGUGAGCGCUAACAAAUGUGGUAUGCUGGUUAUAAAGAUCGAGGUUGACUAUGCUACUGUGUCAACUCACUUUAAAGGACUACAGGUUUGGGAAUGCGGGGAGGGAAAGGAAACUGAGGACAUUUCGGCGAUGAUUAGCAUAAAGAAGCUUGCUAUGUUUCUGGGUUGGGACAUUCUCCAUCCAGAUAAUGUUAAGUGUAACUUAUUGCAGGAGAAGAUGGUGAAACUAACUUUAGAUGUGGGGGAUCAUGUCAAAAUACAUUAUUUUAUACCGGCAAUUGCUACUUGAGAAAAGAAAAAGAAAUAGCUACUUAAAUAUAAAUUUAAAUGCAAAAUAUAUUUAUAUUUCUGUGAUUCUCAUUCAUACAUUGUAUCCAUUCGUACGUUGGACUCAUUUAAAUAAGCUACGUCACAUUUCUCAAAAAAUAAUUCUCACAGGUUUUUUAUACAUAUACAAAAUAAACGAAUUAUAAUUAGUUAUAA